GGAAAACUCCUCACAUCUAUUAUUUCCGUACGGAUAUACGCAGUAUUCAGAAUGAAGUCAUUGGCGAUUAUUGUAUGUGUACUAGUUAUUAUAACGAUGGUUUACUGUUUCAACCCCGUGCGAUUAAAAAAAUUAGACGAUAACAUGGCAAAGUGCGGCCUGGAUUCGAUCGAAUCAUCGCCUCAGCCGCUCAGCAACUCAGCCACUGUGCAGCUCAAUGGCAAAACGCUCCUUUGCGGGUUAACUAAGGAUGACCAGAUAAUUGAUAAGGACGGCCUGUUCUCGGUAGAAAAAUCUUUCCAAGCAAUUAAAGAUAUUGUUUCCGACCCGGCCAAAGUGGAACAGGGACAGAAGAUAUUCAAAGAAUGCUACGACAAAAAUAUGCAAGGCGAAGGUACUAACCAGGAAAAGACGGCAAAAAUAGCCGAGUGCACAUUGCCGAUUAUGGCUCUCACGAAGAUAUAAUAAAAACAAAUGACUGAUUUUUCCUGAA